GUGAAGUUAUGAUGCAGUCCAAUCCGUUCAUUUGCUAAUGAUAGAUAUCUACGCACACGACCGCACGGUGAUGCUUCGAGCAAUUUGAAGAUCCUUUUUUCCACUAAAUUGUGUACAGAAAAAUGUCUUCUAUAUUACGUAGUAACAAGUUUGUACGAUACUUUUGCGGGAUUACUCGCAAUUUAACAUUGAAUGUAAAAGACACCGCCAGUAACACAAUUCAACAAAAUCUUUAUGUUUGCAGCGGCUCAGCCCAUGGAUUUUCUACCUCUAUUGCUUCAUUUAAACCAAAUGAAUUCAACUUAGAUAAAUCUUUACAAAGAAUUGAUCAAGAUGUUCGACGAUCAGGCAGGAUUUCUAAAAGAGAUAUUGAAGAAGUUCUGGAUGAAAUACGUCAUAGUCGAUCUGCAAAUAGUUCUCAGUCUUUACUAGUCAUCCGAUGUUGUGGAAAUUUGGUACCUGAAGAAUUGCCAGAAGUACGAACACGACUGGUAAAAGAAAUAUGGAGCACACUUGAGAGACUUAAUGUUCCGAUGGAUGUAUCUCACUAUAAUGCCCUGUUAAGAGUAUAUUUGGAGAAUGAACAUAAAUUCUCACCAACUGAAUUCUUAGCUCAAAUGGAAGCUAAAGGAAUUGAGCCCAAUAGGGUAACUUACCAGCGGUUAAUAUCACAAUAUUGCCAAGAAGGUGAUAUCGAAGGAGCUACAAAAAUUUUAGAAUUCAUGAGAGAAAAACAGUUACCAGUAAAUGAAAAUGUAUUCAAUGCUCUUAUAGUCGGCCAUUCACAAGUAGGAGAUAUGGAUUCAGCUAAAGACAUUUUAACAGUGAUGGGACAAGCUGGCCUUGAACCGAGCGCAGAUACUUAUACCGCUCUAAUGUGUGGAUAUGCUAAAAAAGGAGAUAUAGAAUCUAUAAAUAAUAUUCUACAAACCUGUGAAAGUAAAGAAAUAUAUUUUUUGGAUAAAGACUUUAUGGAUAUUGUGUAUACUCUUACAAUAAAUGGACACAAGGAUAAAAUAGAUUCCAUAUUGAAUUGUGUAAAAAAAUCUUUUGGCUAUAAUCAUGAUGCAAUUAAUGUUAUUUUAAGAUUAAUAAACAAUGGUUAUGAAGAUGUCGGUUUAACAAUAAUGAAAACAAUGGUAAGGCCAGACAAAAUUGAAGAGUCUUCAAAUAGCACUCUGGGUACAUUCUUCAUUCGACAGCUGAUCAAAGCAAACAGACCUUUUGAUUAUGUUAUGAAAAUUGUUAGGCAAUUAGAGGAGGAGGGGAUAAAUAAUAAAGCAUUUUCAAUUGCAAUGGAAAAUGCUUUCCAACAUGGAAAUAUGGAAACAGUUUUGGGUGCUCUUAAUGAGCUAAAAAAGGCUGGAGAAACAAUAAGACAUCAUUAUUUGUGGCCCCUGAUCUGUCGUGUGAGUAAAGAAAAGGAUGAUGAGAAAAUCAUUCAAGUUUUACGCAUGUAUAUGCAAUUUGAUUUAAUACCAAAUGGAGAAACUUUGAGAGAUUAUGUUUAUGAAAAUCUGCAAGAGAAGAAUCCGCAUCGAGCCAUCAGUUUGAUUCGAACUGCAGGCCUUUCAGAAGCUUUAUGUGCAAGCACUUCAGUUAUGAAUUUAUUAGUAAAUAACAAAUUCAAGGAAGCCGCUGAUGUAGCUGCUGCGUAUCCAGCAUAUCAUUCUCCUUAUUUGAUCCGGAGACCAUUAAACUUAUGUUUAGCGAAAACAGGUGACGUUGAAACGUAUGUUAAUAUUCUUCAUAUUGUGAAUGCCAAUAUGGAAAGACGUGAAUCUGCAAUGAUGCAGCAAAAAAAUGAAGAGGAAGAUAUGGCCACUAAUGAUCAGAAUAAUUUUGGCAAAUUUAAUAGUACUGGCUUAGCAUUGACAGAUCUGACAUUUUUAUCAGCUAAACAAUGGAAACCCUUAAUGGAAUCAGUUUUGAAAGGUCUUAUUGAAAAGGGCCUGGGAAUAAAUAAUCACCAAGCUGAAAUUAUUCAAGAGAGAUUAGGUGAUAAUAUUACAGCAGAACUUUCAGAGAGUUUGCAUCAACUAAUGCCUUUCUCGCGUCUUGAUCAGCUUCAACCGUACAUCUUGGACUUGGUGCAUCUUGGACAUCAAAAUACCAAAAAUGAAAUUUAA